UCCACAUCAUACCCCAAAACAUUAUUUGCUUGCUAAAGAAAAAAAAAAUAGUAUAAUUUCACAUUCACUUUUAUAGAAGCCAAGAUGGUGGUCGGCUUUGAGAAGGCAGUUUCCGCUACGAAAUCCGUCGUGACCUCCGCCAAGAAGGCACCCACUACUCUCUCCUCCGACCGUGUCAUCAACUUCGCUCGUGGUGAUCCUACCAUGUACGAGUCAUACUGGAGGCAAAUGGGAGAGAAAUGCACGAUCGUGAUCUCUGGCCAUAAUUUGAUGAGCUACUUCAGCAACGCGGGACACUUUUGCUGGUUUUUGAUGCCGGAGCUCGAUCGUGCCAUCCGGAGGUUGCAUUGCGUCGUUGGAAAUGCAGUGGUUGACGAUGAUCGAUAUAUCGUGGUAGGCAAUGGCUCAACCCAGCUCUUCCAGGCCGUGCUCUACGCCCUCUCUUCUUCCUACGACCCUGACACUGAGCCCCUCAGCGUCGUCGCCGCCGCCCCUUUCUACUCGUCAUAUCCAGAGGAAACGGACUUCCUCCGUUCAGGGCUGUACAAAUGGGCAGGCGAUGCUUACUCCUUUGAUAAAGAUGGAGCAUACAUAGAGGUGGUCACUUCGCCCAACAAUCCUGAUGGUGCAAUUCGAGAAGCAGUGGUGAAUCGUGAUGGUGGUAAACUUAUUCACGACUUAGCCUACUAUUGGCCUCAAUACACCCCCAUUACUGGUAAGGCUGAUAAUGAUAUUAUGCUUUUCACCUUCUCCAAAGCCACUGGACAUGCUGGUUCCCGCAUCGGAUGGGCUAUCGUUAAGGAUAUAGAAGUGGCAACCAAGAUGGUUAAGUUCAUGGAGCUGAGUAGCAUAGGGGUGUCGAAAGAAUCCCAACUCCGUGCUGCCAAGAUUCUCGAAGUGAUCAGUGACGACUGCCAGAAUUCUGCGCCUGAUAAAGAGGAAAAUUUCUUUGAAUAUGGACAUCGGCUCAUGUCUGAUAGAUGGGAAAAGCUGCGUGAGGUGGUUAAACGCAAUGGAGUUUUCAGUCUGCCUAAGUACCCUCAAGAUUACUGCAACUUCAUUGGCAAAUACACUGAUCCAAGCCCUGCCUUUGCAUGGUUGAAGAGCAAGGACGGGUUGAACUGUGACAAUCUCUUAAGAGAGCUUAAGAUAGUCACAAGGGGCGGAACAAAUUUUGGGGUGGACUCAAAUUAUACAAGGAUUAGCAUGCUGAGUCCUGAUGAGGAUUUUAACCUUCUCUUGGAGAGGUUGUCUGCAAUCAAAGGCACCAUCAUCAAUGGAAAUAAUUAGUUUUGAUGAAGAUCAAAAGCCUUCGUUCUUCUUUAGGUGUAUAGGUUUGAGUCUUUAGACUUCAGCUCCAUACGGAGUCAGUAUAGAAUGCUUUUUUUCUGGGUCUUAAAAAGGUUGGGGCUUAUUUCUAUGGUUUAAACAGUUCAUUCCAUCUAUUAUGGUUUUACAUCCAUGUUGCUCGUUUAACUAUGUUAGUUUUAAUUAUAUUUUAAAUGCAUGAAAAGUACUUUGACAAAUUAAAUGUAUCACAUCAAAUCAAACACAUACCCAAGCUAAAAGU